AUGAGGAUCUUCCUUGGAUUCAAAAAACUAAAGCCCAUCUGGAACCUCCAGCCACUUUGCAGGUCAUUCCGAAAGGACACCCGGGCAUGGGCUUCACUGGAUCUUUUGGACUACGAAGCCAUUAACCGAUGUGAAAAGGAGGUCCCUGAGUACUUUAAUUUUGCAAGCGACGUGCUGGAUCAGUGGGCCGAAGUGGAAAAGGAUGGAACUAGGCCAACCAAUCCUGCUCUCUGGUGGAUAGAUGGUCAAGGGGAAGAAGUGAGGUGGAGCUUUGAGGAGCUGGCUGCCCUCUCCCGAAAAGCGGCCAAUGUGCUCUCCGGUCCAUGCGGUCUGCAAAGAGGAGAACGAGUGAUCCUCAUCCUGCCUCGAGUACCAGAAUGGUGGUUGCUGAAUGUGGCAUGCAUUAGGACAGGGAUGGUCUUACUGCCAGGGACGCCGCAGCUGACAGCCAAAGACAUCCUGUACAGGCUCCAGGCUUCGAAGGCCAAGUGUGUCAUCACGAACGAGGCGUUGGCCCCCGCGGUGGAUUCCGUGUCCUCGUCCUGCCCGUCCCUGAAAACGAAGCUGUUGCUCUCCCGAGAGAGACGGGACGGCUGGCUGAACUUCAAAGAGCUGCUUGACACCGCCCCUUCCGCUCACAGCUGCGUUAGAACCAAGAGCGACGAAGCCAUGACUAUCUACUUCACGAGCGGCACCACCGGUACUCCCAAAAUGGCAGAACAUUCCCAGAGUAGUUUAAGUCUGGGAUUUGCCUUAUCUGGAAGGUACUGGCUGGACUUGAAACCUUCAGAUAUCAUGUGGAACAUGUCCGACACAGGCUGGGUGAAGGCGGCCCUGGGGAGCGUUUUUGCUCCAUGGCUUCGAGGCACCAGCGUCUUUGUACACAGCAUGCCACAGUUUGAUCCAAAAGAGAUCCUAAAGACUCUCUCCCGAUAUCCAGUGACUACCCUCUGCAGUGCUCCGACAGUCUACCGCAUGCUGGUGCAACACGAUCUUACCAGUUACAGGUUCAAAAGCCUGCGACACUGUUUGACCGGAGGGGAGCCGCUUAACCCAGAAGUGAUGGCGCAAUGGAAAAUGCAGACAGGGCUGGACAUCUAUGAAGGCUACGGGCAAACGGAAGUCGGUGUGAUAUCCCAAAAUGAGAAAGGGAAGGAAAUUAAGCCUGGAUCUAUGGGCAAAGCAGCUGCACCUUACGACGUUCAGAUUAUCGAUGAAAACUGCAAUAUUUUGCCUCAUGGGGAAGAAGGAGACAUUGCCAUCAGAAUCAAACCCAAGCGGCCAUUUUCUUUCUUCUCUCGCUAUGUGGAUGAUCCAGAGAAAACCGCAACAGCCUUUCGUGGGGAUUUCUACAUCACUGGCGACAAAGGGAUGAUGGACGAAGAUGGAUAUUUGUGGUUUAUUGGGAGAUCUGACGAUGUCAUCAUCUCCUCUGGGUAUCGUAUCGGGCCUUUUGAGGUUGAAAGCGCAUUAAUCGAGCACCCAGCAGUGGUUGAAUCCGCUGUGGUGAGCAGUCCGGACCCUAUCAGAGGGGAGGUAGUGAAAGCUUUUGUGGUCCUGUCUCCUUCUUUUGUAUCCCAUGAUCCUGAGAAUUUAACCCGCGAGCUGCAAGAUCACGUCAAGAAAGUGACCGCUCCUUACAAAUAUCCUAGAAAGAUGGAAUUUGUCCAACAACUGCCGAAAACCAUCACUGGCAAAAUUAGAAGAAAUGAAUUAAGGAAAAAGGAAUGGGGGAAAAUUUAG